ACAAUCACAGUUUAAUUAUACAUUUGGUUUCCUUUUUUCUAUUUUUACAUUAGUAAAUAUUAAUGAUAUUAUAAGAGACUGUUUUUUUUAGCCUGUCUUUGGUGUCUUCAUUGAAUGGUAGGGCAGCACCAUUACAUUCUCAGGUUUAAUAUCAUCUGAAUAAUUUAUACGCUGAUUAUUACCGUAGUCCGACUUCUAAAAGUAAUAAUCAAGGAUUGCGCUAAAGCAUUAUAAAUUAUACAUAUUAGCUUUUAAAGUUGAACUUCUCGGGUGUUAACACGUAUGUGACAAAACAGUCACCUUCUCAAGGAUGUCUGUGCAGGAGUGACUUGACAGACGUGUUUUAAAACCUAAUCCGGUUUGACUAGUCCGCCUCACGGUCUCUCUCUCUCUCUCUCUUACUCACUCACUCACUCACUCACUCACCCACCCACCCCAUUCCUAAUCGCCUCUAGUGUUGUAGACGUAUUAAUAGUGGAGACAGACGUUUAGUACAGUGGCUGGUCCUUUUCAAACUUUCCUUUUUUUUUUUUUUUUUUUAUACUCUUACUACAAGAACUCGGUUGUUUAUUCAGCAAAUAAGUGGAUCCUUUUUCGUACAUAAAAUCGUUUUCAUUAUUUUUUAUUUAAAAAACUCACAAUAUUAAAACUUCCUGCACGGACAUUGCCUUUUUUGAUAGUCAAGUGUCCAAAAGCAAAUGGGCAUUUACAGAAGAUGAAGAGCAAGUCCAUCAAAACUGAAUGAAGCUUCCAUCCUUUUUAACUACUGAUUUUCCUUACAGUUUUUAAAAUAUGCCAGUCAAACAUACCUGGGUAUAUUUUGCACCUGUUCAUGGAGCAUUAUGACAGAACUAAGAACAACCAGAAAUAUUUGCCUGUUGAAUGCAGUCUUUCUGUUUGAUUAUUUCCACUGUACCUGACAGUGGUAGUCAAAGGGUUAAGAAAGACUGCAGAAUGUUUCUGAGUGCCAGGCGAAUAAAAAAAUGCCAGUUUUUACAACUGAUAAUGACCUGCUUUUUAUUUUCACUUAUGAUGAUUUAUUGGGAACAAUUUGAUAAUGGUGUUGUGAGCCACAUGAAAUCCUACUCUUACCGAUACCUUGUGAACAGUUAUGAAUUUCUAAAUGAAAGUCUUUCUCUUAGUAAAGCAGAUUUGAAUGGUUUGGCCAAAUACCAAUACUCAAUCAAUCACAAAGACAAAUGUGAGAACCAGAAAGUGCUCUUGCUUUUGUUUGUGAAGACCUCUCCAGAGAACAAUGAAAGAAGGGCUGCCAUCCGGUCUACAUGGGGAAAUGAAACUUACAUACAGACAGAGCUGAAAGCUAAUGUCAAAAUAAUUUUUGCCUUGGGGACUCGUUUAAAUCAAUAUGAUGGAAAUUUCUUCCAGAAUCAACUGCUAAGAGAAGACAAAGCUUUUCAUGACCUUAUACAACAGGACUUUAUUGAUGAUUUCCACAAUUUGACGCUUAAAUUAAAAAUGCAGUUUGAGUGGGCUCACUUGUAUUGUAGUCAUGCCAAGUUUGUCAUGUCAGCAGAUGAUGAUAUCUUUAUACACAUGCCAAAUUUGGUACAAUACCUCCAAGAGUUGGAUGGAAGAGGUAUCCAGGAUUUCUGGAUUGGACGUGUUCAUCGAGGUGCUCCUCCAAUUAGAAGUAAAGAAAGCAAAUACUAUGUUCCCUAUGAAAUGUACCAGUGGGCUGCUUAUCCAGAUUACACUGCAGGUGCUGCUUAUGUGUUUUCAGGAGAUGUAGCUAGCAAAGUAUACAGAGCCUCUCUGACAAUUAAUACCACAAUCUACAUUGAUGAUGUUUUUAUGGGGAUGUGUGCUCGUAAAGUAGGCGUGAUCCCACAAUACCAUGUGUAUUUCUCUGGAGAAGGCAAGGCUCCCUAUCAUCCGUGUAUCUACAACCAAAUGAUGACUUCACAUGGACAUGUAAAAGAUAUUUACCACCUCUGGAAAGAGGCAAUUCAUCCAAAGGUCAGAAGACUAUCCUCAGGAAUUCUAGGAAAGCUAUACUGCACAAUAAUCAAAGUUUUUCUUCUUUGUAAACCGAAGUAUAUGGACACGUAUCCCUGCAGUGCUGCCUUUUCCUAGAAAUAUUAGUUAUGUAUGCUUAACAUUGUACGUGUGCUACAGAACAUAUUUUUUAACUUAUUUUUGGUGUCUUUAUUUUUAACUGAAGCAAAAAGUGCACAAGGGAGCAAAACAUCAAAAAUAUACUACAUUCUAUUUUGCCAACUAGCCAUUAGCGCAUUUAAGUUUCAGUGCUGCUAAUAUCAUCGUAACCAAGGUUGGAUUUUUAUUAUUGUGUACAAGCAGAAAAAAACAUGCAUCUUGCUUACUGUACUAUGUUGUGAUCUCUGAAGUAAUACAUUUCUAGUGAAGCAGUUGGUAAAGCAUGAACAGUGAUGUGAAAUUUAAAAAGAAAAAGGAAAAACUGUCGUCCACAUUCACUAAAGUAAUGCAUUAUUGAUUAACUGUGGAAGAAAUUUUAUAUUUCUGUAUGAACUUCAAUAAAAUGUUUGUUAUUUUAAAGAAGACUUUAAAGGUAUUAUAUGUAUAUCAUAAGCAGUAUUACGUGUGCUCAGAUUUUAGCUGGGCAGAAAAAAAUUGAAAAGUCAAAAAUGGCAGAUUGUGCUUUUGGUGUAAGAAGCUCUUAGGUAUGUUAACAGCUUGGUCAGGUGGGUGUUUUUUUAUCUUAUAUACCAUGUCUGUAGAGCAUCUAUUUCUGUUUUUAUUUAAUAAAAGAAAGCUUAACUGAGGCAAAUGGAAAAACAAUGCAAAGUAAGCAAAUCUGCACUUCUAGCAGAUAGAAAAAAAACAUGAACCCACCACGCUGAUCUGUAUGUAGUUUUGUACCAACAUCUACUUUUAAUUUUCUAAUCUGAAUUUUCAUAUUCAACAUACUUUGGUGACUGUAUACUUGUAUCCAUUAAAGACCGUCAAACAGAUUUUUUUUUUCCGCCUUCCACUUUUGUUUCAGUCGUCACUUUAAUUUUUUCAGCAUCAUUUUACAAUCUGCCCAUAGUUUCAGAAAAGGAAAUAUUUAGUUACAUUUUGUGAAAACAUCUUAACUACAGUCUGUACUUUUAACAUAAUAAUAUCCAUGCUAUUAAAGUAGUUACAUUUAUUAAAGCAAAAAAAUAUUGUAAGAUAGUUUGCACUCGACGUAAUAUGUACUGUAAUGUGGCUAAUAAAAUUGCAAUUUUCCAGACUCUCCAGUAUUCUUAGUAAAUACUGACAUAAGCAGUGGAAGAUUGCCAGGAUAAUUUUUUGACGUUCAGUAUUGUCUGUGAAACUGAUGAGCGCACAUUUUCCCUUAUGAGUCACAGAAGUAGUCAUUGACGUGUUUUUUUUUUUUUUUUUUCCCCCUCAUCCUUUGAAAUCUGCUCCCGCUGCUGCAAAGAAGUUUUAUAUUUAAAGUGGCAGCUCUCUUUUCUGAGUCUCUAUUUUCUAAAUGGCUGCAUGCUUUUAAGAUUGUGUAUGCCUUGUUUAUCUCUGGCAUGUAUAUUUACCUCAAGAUAAUUUCAGAUGAACAUUACAUUUACUAAUAAGCCAGCUAUGUUAAGGAAAGUACUUUUUAUUUUAAUUUGUGAACAUUUCAUGUAAUAAAGUAGUAAAGUUUUUAACUUCAGUGUAGUGCUUGCAUAUAGCAUUAUUUUUCCAGUUUACUUUCAUACACAAAAUGGUGCCAAUGAACGUUACCACAUGAAUAAACAAGCUGUGUGAAUUCAGUCUUACAGUACAAAGUAGACUUGAGGCAUUAAGUAGGCUCCAAGGGCACUUAAGACUAGUCUUGGUAAAUAAAAUCAUUACUACACUGAGGAAAGAGCUUAUUUUUUAACCAGACCUUCAGGCACCCUUAGUGUAGCCUGCCUUUUGCAAUUUUUAGUUCCUUUUUCUGCCGUCUCUUAUGGCCGUGUUUUCCUCAGAUACCUCAUUAGCCUCGCUAUAUCCAGUGACAUCAGAAGCAGUUUUCUUGAUUUAGAGAACAGCUAGUGAAGAUUCCCCUUAAAGAGUUAGUAAUGGCACAGGGUGGCUGGAGUUAUACCCAGAGAAAAGAAUAUUAGCUCAAGAGCAGAAGGAGACAAGUGGCUGUUUCUUUCAAGAAAGCCUGUCUCCACUUUGUCCAUUGAUUGUUCAUCAUUAUGGUGCUCUUAGACUAGUUUAAUUUUUUUUUAAAUUCAAACAGAUUGAAUGCUACUGGCUGUUGAAGUACAGAAUGCUUUGUUUGCUGGCUAAAAUCUCAGCUUUUUUAAAAGAAUUAAUAUAUAUACAUAUUCUGAGUAUGUGACCGCUUUAUUGAGAAAUGUUUACAGUGAAUAUGAUUACUAUUUUGUAAAUAUUACUGCACUGUGUGUACUGAAUGUUCUCAAAUUUUUCUUGGAAUGAAUUUAUAUAAAAUGUUAAUUAAAACAAA